AUGAAUGUGUUUUAUUGGAUCGGUGCGCUUGGAGGCUUGGAGAUGGUGGACGGAGAAUUGGCAGCUCAUGUGCUGAGCGCACAGGCUGCUGCCCAUGCUGCGGCUACGGCUGCUGCUCAUCAGCAGCAACAACAGAUCGCUGUUCAACAAAUUAAAAACUCGCCGUCGUCGGGCCGGUCAACCCCUGUUGCUACAAACACUGGUACCACAUCACCGUCGCCGAGUAAACUGUUUGUUGGAGGUCUCAGCUGGCAGACCAGCUCUGAGAAGCUCAGGGAAUACUUUGCUAUGUUUGGAGCUGUCACAGAUGUUCUCAUCAUGAAAGAUCCUGUCACUCAGCGUUCGCGCGGCUUCGGUUUCAUCACAUUUCAGGAGGCCUCAUCCGUAGACAAAGUCCUCGCCGUGCCGGUGCACACCCUGGACGGGAAACGCAUCGACCCAAAACACGCCACGCCCAAAUCUGCCCCGAAACCGACUAAAACAAAAAAGAUAUUCGUGGGCGGCGUCGGGCAAGACACUUCCGCGGAGGAGGUCCGCGCUUAUUUCUCGCAAUUCGGGCUCGUUGAAGACGCGGUCAUGCUCAUGGACCAGCAGACGAAGCGCCAUCGCGGCUUCGGGUUCGUCACUUUCCAUUCCGAGGAGGCGGUCGAACGCGUCUGCGACAUUCACUUCCACACGAUUAAGAACAAGAAGGUGGAGUGUAAGCGCGCGCAGCCGAAGGAAGCAGUGGCCGCCACGCCCCUGGCUCUAGGCAAAAGAUUGGUCCUUCGGCCCGGGCGCGGUCUGGUGUACGCGGGCGGCGUGGGCGCAGUGCCCACGGUAGGCGCCCACGCCUACCGCUACGCUCCGUACGCUCUGCCUUCCGGCGCCACCGCGGCCACGGCGCUCGUGGCUCCGCCGGCGCCGGCCCCGGCCCCCGCCAUGCCGCAGUUCGGCGCCUCGUACUCCCUGGCCGGCGUUGACAUGUCGUCCUUCCAGGGCAUCGACUGGAGCGCGAUGUACGGAGUGCCCAUGUACAUCUAA